AUGGUGGAUUUCGUGGACUGGCUCUCCCGGCCACUCUCCGAUUCCACUCGUGGGGUAAACGGGAGCAAGAGACGGAGGGCAAAACAGCCCGUGGCAUCCGCCUGGAAUCUGGAAAAGGAGUUCGAUGAUGACAAAGCGUCGGGCAAGCUGGACAUUGCCCUCGGCAAAGUGCCUAUCUUGGAGGUUGGAGACUUCUCACUCCCUCAGAGCAAGGCCAUCGAACGAUAUCUGGCUCGAAAGCUCGGGAUGAUGGGUGACAGCGAAGAGGAGGAGGCGCUUGUUGAUGCAAUGGGAGAGCAUGUACGAGACAUCAACGAUGCCUACCAGCGGAAGGGGGUUUUCUUCAUGAAAGAUGAAGAGAAAAAAGCAGAGUUGCAAAAGAAGUGGUACGAGGAGGAGCUGCCCGACUGGCUGUCUAAGCUGGAGAAGGCUCUGCCUGGCAGCGGAGGCUUUGCUGUCGGCAGCAAGGCGUCUCUUGCCGACGUGGUUAUCUUCAAGCUUCUGAAGGACACCUACCCUGAUGAUGUCUCCGCUGCCUACGAUGCUUGCCCGAAGAUCAAGGCAAUCGUCGAGGGCAUUGAGAAGAACGAGGGCAUCAAAAAGUGGCUGGAAGAAAGGCCCAAGACCUUCAUCUUAGGAGGGAAACUGGGUGUGUGUGCUCCUGUCGGAGCCCGGGUGGGCAUGCCACCACAUAUGCCGUCAUGGUGGCGGAGGCAAGCCCACCGAGCUUUAAUACCAGUCCCAAGGUGGCUGCUUUGCCUGCUUUGUAUAGCAGCGACGCUGCCCUCGGUUGCGACGUUUCUCUGCAGGCCUGCCGUCAUUGGGUCGGAUGCCAGCAGAAGCAGUGGCCGCACACAGCUUGCAGCCACCGCAGCUCCCAUUGCCAGGAGAAAGAAAGGUUCAGCACUUGUGAAGCGAAUACCGCCACCUUCCGUCAAAGUCACCAAGUUGUCGAAAGGUGAGAGAUAUAGAGGGUACAUCAAUCCGAAACUCAAAGCUCUAGUUGCAGCACCCGAGUACCGGAAGGUCGUGGAUCUGUUGUUCAAGUUGGAAAACGAGAACAAGCUCGACCUUCUUCUCGCGAACGCUCAGGACUACUGGAUGGGCCUCAAUAUCUAUGAGGCCUCCAGGUUGGAGCGCGAGCAGGGACGCAAAGCUGUCUCGAAGAUCAUUCGAAGAGACUGGUCCAGGACCUCACUCUAUCCUAGUUUGCUUUGCGCCCGAGAGACUGGCGCCAUGGUAGUUCUCAAAAUCAGAGCGGCUGAUGGACAAUUCUUCCGCUUCCGGGUCGACGAGUGCACCCUGGACGUCGUUACGGAGAAGCUGGAAUCAGUUGGGAGCCGGAAUGCUUGGCUGGUCUUGUCAGACGGCUCGAGGAGGCCUCUGUCAGGUGCCGCAAUCCGAGCUGCAUUGGAUUCUGGGUCCGAGGUCCUGAAAAUGGAAGUUUGUGAAGGAAGUCCUUGCGGCGGGAGUCCAUCUUCCGCAUCUGCGAGCAUAUGUGGUCCCGCUGCAAGCACGGCCAGCACGGACUUGCAGCUGCCUGAGGCGGCUCCAUCUGCGCCGGUGAUGGAUAUGGCGAUGGAUAUGGUGGAUAUGGAGCAGGAGACACAAGGGUCACCCUUACUGCAAGAGGAGGAUCACAGGCGCCCUCAGCACGUCGAUGCGGGGCCCGACCAGCAGACAUGGCAGGCGCACGUGAUGGACCACGUCUACCAGCAUCAGCAAGCUGUCCAUCAGCAUGUCACGCAGCAACAGGAAGCUGUCCAGCAGGCCAUCCGUGAGCAAGUUGCCCAGCACAGGCGAGGUCUGCACCAGCAGCAAGAGGCCGUCCGUGAACAUGUCGCACAGCACUGGCAAGCCGUUCAGCGACAUCACCAGGCCGUGCGCGAGCACGUCGUUAGGCAGCAUCAAGCCGUUCGCGAGCAGGUCGCUCAGCAUCACCAGGCCGUGCGCGAGCAUGUCCAGCAGCACUUGCAGCAGACAGCAGCAGGUUUGCAGCAGCUGCAGCCUUUUUUUCAGAAUCUGCCGCAGCCGUUGCAGGGCAUGCACCAGCAGUGGCAAAACAAUCUGCAACAGCACCUGGGGAACGAACCAUUGCUGCCUCAGCGAGCUGCUGGCGAUCUGAAUGCAUCGCCCGGAUGGGCGGCUCCACCUGAUCACUGGGCAGAUGCCAUCGGUUGUGCUGCGGAGGGCCCGCAGAUGCAUGCAUCACCUCUCUACCUGGAUGGGCAACGCCGGCACUUGACGAGAUGGAUGCUUACAGGCUCCAUCCACUUGAACAACAGCGAUCUCAUCCUGGAGGACAGUAUGGUGACAGGCAGCUUGCAUCUCAACGGACAUUCGCGUGUACUGCUGAGAGGCGGAAUGCUUACCGGCAGCGUGAUUCGGAGUUCGGACUCCACCUUCGAGAACCGCUACGGCAUGCUGACUGGACAGGUCAUCAGCGCACAUUGA